CGGCGCGCCGUACCCGACAUGUAGUGUGUGUGUGUUAGUGUGGUGUCACUCGUCGAGUAGGACUUCUUCGAUUUUAGGUAUUAUGGAGGAAAACUCGUAUAGUGUAGAUGCCCGAUGAAGACGUGGUGGUGUCGCCCAUGUCGGGCCUGCCUAUGCCUCAUGAGGGCUACAUAGCGGCUGCGAUCACACUUUUCUUCAUAGGAUUCUUCGGGUUCUUCACAAACCUAAUCGUGAUCAUUCUAAUGAUUCGAGAAAAACAGUUAUGGACACCCUUGAACGUUAUCCUGUUCAACCUGGUGCUGUCCGACUUCUCGGUGUCUAUCCUCGGUAACCCAUGGACCCUGGCGUCUGCUGUGGCACGACGCUGGCUGUUCGGCAGACUCAUGUGUGCAGUGUAUGGCUUCUUCAUGUCACUCCUAGGCAUCAGCUCAAUAACAACGUUGACAGUUUUGUCCUUCGAGAGGUAUGUAAUCAUCAGUCGACCGUUCAGAUCUCGUCAUCUAACACACAGAGGGGCUGCCUACCUCAUACUAGGGAUCUGGGGGUACUCCCUCGUCCUCACUACACCACCACUCUUCGGCUGGGGCGCCUACGUCCACGAGGCGGCUAACAUCAGUUGCAGCGUUAACUGGGAGACUAGGUCGUACAAUGCGACGACCUACAUCGUAUUUCUGUUUGCCUUGGGGCUGGUCGUGCCCGUGGUCGUCAUCUGCUUUUCCUACAUCAACAUCAUCAGAACCAUGAGAAAGAACAUGCUAGCCAUGGGCACGGUGACCAAGGCAGAGUCCAGGGUUGCAGUCAUGGUCGCUGUCAUGAUCAUCGCCUUCUUCAUCGCCUGGACGCCGUAUGCGGUUCUCGCUCUGAUCAUACAGUUCGGGGACACACAAGUACACCCGGGCAUUGCUGUGGUGCCGGCGCUGGUGGCCAAGAGCAGUAUCUGCUACAACCCAAUCAUAUAUGUAGGGCUGAACACACAGUUCCGGUCGGCGUGGCAGAAGCUACUGGGAGUGCAUCUGUCCCAGGAGACAUCAGGGGAUGUAGGAGCCACUGUCAACAGUCAGGCCAACCAGAGCGCCGCGGUGUUGGACAGGGACGACGACGCCGCAGAAAAGCGCCGUGGAGCUCAGCGGUUCAACUUCUUCUCUCCCAACCCUCGCAUCAACAUCUCUAAAAGCCUCAUGGUUAUAUUGCAGGGGCGAGAGCAGACCACCACAUCUCGCGUAGUCAGCGAGGUCGAUCCAACCCCCAAGAGGACGUUUCAGAUCCGAAAACCAACGGAGAAGAAGAAGAAGACCAAACAGAUGAUGAGAAGAGAGAAGAGUGCAGAGUGUUGUCAACUAGAGAUUCAACAGCUGCCAAACAAAAACGCAGCGAGGAGUGAACCUUCUUCUCCCGCUGAACAUGUGUUAUAAGCUGUUCUCUCUGUUACGUGAGAAAGUAGGGACUGUCCAGACCUGGUAGUGAUUGAAUCACUAUAGGUAUAUGGAGGAAAUUGUAAAAGGAAAAGUAAAAUUUGAAAUAUUAGUCUCUCAUCGGGACUAAAUCCGCAGAUCCUUCUAUCUAUUUAAACCUUGUAAAUAGUGCAACAAGAAAGGUUUCGUCGGCUCUAAAUAAAAAAAAAUCAUAAAAUGAUGCAAAUAUCCUUCCACCACCUAUUAUCACCUAAUUUGUUAAAAAUUCCGAAACACAAAGCUUGUUAUAAUAUAGUACAUAAUUUAUCAGUUUUCUGAAAUUAUCUAAUAAAUGUCUGCUUGUUCGUUCAGCCUGCAUAGGCCUAAUUACAUCAAUUAUAUGAGAAAUGUAGUCAAACUUAAGUUCUGAAGGAAUGGAUUUUUAAUAUUCGCUAAGCUGGCUUUAGUUUGAGGAGUCGGUGGCUCAUUCGGUAGCGCCACGGAUUCAGGCCCAAGAUGUUGUGGGUUUGAAUCCGAGUGCCUGCCACUGCUUUCUAUCUGUACAGUUAACGUUUACAGCUAACUGUAACCUUACUUUGCCAAAAAAUACGCACAGGCCCGAUGCCUACCUAUACGAACAAAUGCAAGGUUAAAAAGCCGCCAACCUUAUAAACCAAAAAAUAUACAUGACCUAGGCGGUGGGCGUUUCAUAGAUUGGCACUUAUGAUUCCUAGAAAUAUUCUUUGAAUCCCUAACAAGGUCUGGACAGUAAUCUACAAACAUAGUUGGGCAGCUCAAAGGUGCUUUGGGGACCAAAAAGGAGAGAACUUCUGGGAUAUUAUAAAACCGUAUCUUUGAGUCGUCACUAAAAAAGAGAUUUUGUGGAUCCUUUCUGAAGCAGUCUUAUAAGAUCUUCUGAAAAAAUAUUCAUAGAAUUUUCUUAUUGAUUUGUUUCAGUAUAUUGUUAAAUUGUAAAAUAUAUUUUUGAUCUAUUUGCAUAAUUAACCAAGUUUUGUACUUAAAAUAAUGUCUUGGGGCAAUGUAUUUUGUAUUUAAAGAGAAACCUAAAAAAUAGUUUUCAUCUCAAAUAAUGUUCCUUAAAAUUACACUUAGGAUUAAAUUUGGUACUGCUUUGUUCUGUACACUCAAACGAAUAAAAACAUACCAAAUAAUGUUUGGAGAACACCGAAUGAAGUAUUCUGUGCCCAAAAAGAUAUUUUUCUCAUUUCCUUUUGUAUUUGCACUCGAGAAUAGUUUCUCAUUUGAAAUGUUGACUGUUUUACUAUGAAUGGCCUUGAUGUAACAUAUUGUUGUACUAAAAUAUGUUAAAUCAAUAAUUACAUUUCAAAUCAAUCCAAAGGACGAACCUAUAAAAAAACAAUCAAAAUAUAAUUUAUAAUUCGUUUUGUAUUUCAUAAUCAUGGGAAAAACAGUAAAUAUCUAAAUAUUGAAACGAAAUGCUAACGAAAAAGGGUCCACAAUGCUAUAUGGUUGUUAAUUGGUCAAUUUAAGUAUUUUAAAAGACUGUUUGUCAAUGUAAAGAUAGUGUAUAAGAUACUUGAAUACGAAUUUAUUAUAUAUAGUAUAAAAUUGACAAUGUGAUAUUAAAAUAGGAGUCUGUGAUGGAAGCGUUAUUACUUUUAUAUGGUUUAUAAGUAUUCGUAAUUUAUUGUUUGUUAGAGAAGUAUUUGUAUCCCUAUUAGUACCUAUGGCAUUUAGAAAAUAGUUUAAAGUUCCACUUUGCUCUACUGCUUCACGUUAUACGAGCGUGAAUUCUUUAAAACUCGAAAUGUAGUGUUCAUAUUCUCUAAGCCUUUAGCUUUUGCCGUUGCCUUCUAAACUAAGAGUUUGUCCUGUAGUAUUUAUGUUGUAAAUUAUCAAAAGUUUUAGCUGUAUAUAAAAGAAUAGAUAUAUAAUUCAUCCAAAUGUAAUGAAUACAUAGACAAUUAAACGUAUAAUUACAGCAUUUUGCCUCAUGGACACGCAACUAAUUUUUAAAAAUUUUCCAUUUUUAUUAUUUUUUUACUGCAAGUAAGAACAUUGAAUAUGGCGAUGAUAAGAAUAACAUACAGAGACUCAUGAUUUCCAUAUAUACUAGAUUGAAAAGUGACUUUUAUAAGCCAAUUUAAUAUCAUUGUAUUCUAAAAAUAUAAGCUAUCGGUUUUCUCGAGUUUAAAUUUAAUUCAAAGGUUCUUAGUGGGAAAAUACUUCUUUUCAAUUUUAGAAUUUUCCUUAGACUUAUUAUCCAAUAUAGAAGAUACAUUUUUUACGAAUAGUGCAAUGGUCUAAAAAACACAUUACAGUGAUUUCUCUUACAUGUUCCAACAACGCAUACUUGUUCUAUAGUGUUAAGUGUUCAUCGAUGGUUGUUGCUUGUCAGUGUGACUAUUUCUGAAAUGUUCAAAACUCAAUAACGAUUUGCUGCGAUUGGGACGAUAUGGAUGUAAUAUGUUGGAUGUGAGAUGCAUUGUUGUCAUCUCUGAAUGGCCCUGUCACUGAACACAAAACAUAGUGUUAGUUUCGGUAUAAAUAUUAGAUUAAGGUUGAAUUUGUUGUAGCUCAAAUACUUAUUCAUCAGUAAUUCUGUUUCUGCUUGUUAAACAAAUCGAAGAAUUGCUUGAAUUUUAGCAUUGCUAGCAAUAUACUCCGUUUACAGUAUUUGGGCGGUUUGGAGGGAGACAAUAUCCAACUCACCCUAACUUUGAACAGCUGAUCUGCUAAAAUAUUUAAAAAAGUGGUAAUAGAACUCAGAGACAUUUUCCCUUAAACUGCCUAAAUUCUGUGAAUGGACUAUAUACGUGGAAUGACUGUGAAACAAAUAAUGAAAACUUAAACGUUUUUAAAAUUUAUUCAAGCUACGGAAAGAUGUUAUAGUCGUAAAAUUGGUCUUUUACACUAAUUAUGUAUUUUUUAUUCUACACCAGCACUUGAGUUAAGCUUUUGAUACAAAGAAAUAGUAAAAUUAUUACUAUAAAUGCAAAUGAGAUUUCUUAAGAGUACUCGUUUGCAUUUUAAUUUGUACAAAAAUCAGCCUAAACGUAUUCAUAACGUGUUUAAGAUUUUAUGUUGUAAUAAUAGUCUAUUUUAAAAACGUCCCAUGAACUUUCAAUGCAAAAUUAUUUAUAGGUACUUAUUCAAUUUUGGAUAUGUAUAUUUUAUCUUACGUGCAUUUUAAUAUGAUACACCAUUGCAAAAACUGUAUUGUAUUUGAGCGAACCAGUAUUAGUGUACAGUUAGUUUACGUAUUUAGAGUUAUGCAAGCUGUGUGCAUUGAGAUGUAAAAUUUAUUAUUACGAACUUCAAUGUUCAAUUUUAAAGAUUUAAUUAAAUUAUAUUAUUGUAGAA